CCCACAGGCACAUACCCAUAUUUUUAGCUACAGAGAAUCGUGUGGAUUGCCUUGCUGCUUUAUCUAUUUCUCAUCCCUCCCUCACUCUCUCGCUGACGGAGAGAGCAGCCAUGGAAGCCUCCAAGCUUCCAUGCUCAUUCGCUCCAUUUCCACCCUCCACUUUAAUUUCAAGAAAUCGUACGAAAUGCCACCAUUCUCUUUCCCCUGGUUUUUGGAAUUACAAAGACUUUAUUGUACAAAGAUUAUCACUAAUCUAUCCUUCUCACUUCCCCUCUAGAAACCCCAAAAUGCAACUCAUCAGAAAUUCAUCAGCUUCAGUACAACCACUCACAGAGGAUCAUCAUAUAGAAGAAAAACAUGAAGAGGGUCCCACAAGUGGAAAUUCAAUCCGUAGGCGAUUUCUUGAAUUUUAUGCUGCAAAAGGUCACAAGAUUCUUCCAAGCUCUUCUCUUGUCCCUGAUGAUCCUACUGUUCUUCUCACCAUUGCUGGAAUGCUGCAAUUCAAACCUAUUUUUCUUGGAAAGGUGCCAAGACAAGUAGCAUGUGCUACUACUUCUCAAAAGUGUAUACGUACGAAUGAUAUUGAGAAUGUUGGAAGGACUUCUAGACACCAUACAUUCUUUGAAAUGCUUGGGAAUUUUAGUUUUGGUGAUUACUUCAAGAAAGAAGCUAUAAAGUGGGCUUGGGAACUUUCAACCAUAGAAUAUGGAUUGCCUUCAGAGAACUUGUGGAUUAGUGUCUAUGAAGAUGAUGAAGAAACAUAUGGCAUAUGGCAUGAUGAGAUAGGUGUUCCUGCAAAUCGUAUAAAGAAAAUGGGUGAAGAAGAUAACUUUUGGACAAGUGGCUCAACGGGUCCUUGUGGGCCAUGCUCUGAGAUCUACUAUGAUUUCCAUACCGAAAGAGGGUUUUCAAAUGCUGAUUUGAAUGAUGACACAAGAUUUAUCGAGUUUUACAAUCUUGUCUUCAUGCAAUUCAAUAAAAAAGAAGACGGUUCUUUAGAGCCUUUAAAACAAAAGAAUAUCGAUACGGGUAUGGGCUUAGAACGCAUGGCUCGCAUCUUACAAAAGGUUCCCAACAAUUACGAAACGGAUUUAAUUUUCCCAAUUAUCGAAAAAGCAGCAGAAUUGGCAAGCAUAUCAUAUGCUCUUACAGACGAUUCAUCAAGAACAAAACUCAAAGUUAUCGGUGAUCACAUGAGAGCAAUCGUGUAUCUUUUAUCAGACGGCGUAUUCCCGUCAAACAUCGGCCGAGGUUACAUUGUCCGACGGCUCAUUCGACGGGCCGUACGUACCGGAAGAUUACUCGGUAUAAAAGGAGACGAAUCGGGCAACCUCGAAGGCGCGUUUUUACCGAUAAUCGCCGAAAAAGUAAUCGAUUUAAGCACAGAAAUCGACCCCGAUGUAAAAACAAGAAAAACGCGUAUUCUCGAAGAGUUAAAACGCGAAGAAUUACGGUUUAUUGUUACAUUAGAAAGAGGAGAAAAGCUUCUAGAUGAAAUGUUGGACAAUGCUUUGGAAUACGCGACACUUCACAAAACCACCGCUUGUUUAUCGGGAAAAGAUGCUUUUCUUUUGUAUGAUACUUACGGGUUUCCGGUGGAGAUAACCAUGGAGGAAGCGGAUGAGCGUGGCGUUUCGGUAAAUAUGAGUGAUUUUGAUGUGGAGAUGGAAAAUCAAAGGAGGCAAUCACAAGCUGCUCAUAAUACGGUGAAACUCACAGUUGAAAACGGGUCGGAUUUGACCCAAAAUGUUCCGGAUACGGAGUUUAUCGGGUAUGAUACGCUUUAUUCUAAUGCGGUGAUAAAGGGUAUUUUGUUUGGGGGUAAACCGGUAAUUGAGGUUCCCGAAGGAAGUGAAGUUGAAGUUUUAUUGGAUCGGACACCGUUUUAUGCGGAAUCCGGUGGUCAAGUUGGGGACCGAGGGUUAAUAAAAGUCAACGGGGGCAAAACGGGAAUUACUGCCGUUGUUGAGAUAUCCGAUGUUCAAAAGUCGUUAGGGAACAUAUUUGUUCACAAAGGUACGAUAAAAGAAGGAAGUGUUGCGGUUGGUGGAGAAGUGGUAGCAGAGGUUGAUGCAAAAUUACGACAAAGGGCAAAGGUACAUCAUACGGCUACUCAUUUGUUGCAAGCGGCGUUGAAGAAGGUUAUAGGACAAGAGACGUCACAAGCGGGUUCGUUGGUGGCAUUUGAACGGCUGAGAUUUGAUUUCAAUUUCCAUAGGCAACUUCUUGAUCAUGAGUUGAUGAAAGUUGAAGAUUUGAUCAAUGAGUGGAUAGGAGACGCAACGCCUUUACAAACUGAAGUCAUGCGGAUUGCGGAUGCUAAAAAAGCAGGCGCGAUUGCAAUGUUUGGAGAAAAAUACGGCGAAGAGGUACGUGUUGUAAAUGUUCCGGGAGUAUCAAUGGAACUAUGUGGAGGCACACACGUUAGCAAUACUUCAGAGAUUCGUGGCUUCAAAAUCAUUUCAGAACAAGGAAUCUCAUCAGGUGUAAGACGUAUAGAAGCCGUUGCUGGUGAUGCUUUUAUCGAAUACGUUAGUGAUCGAGAUAACUACAUGAAGCAGCUUUGCUCCACACUUAAAGUAAAAGCAGAAGAAGUGCCAAUGAGGGUGUCUUCACUUUUGGAAGAAUUAAGGACGACAAAAAACGAGGUCUCGGCUGCACGUGCAAAAACAGCGGUUUACAAAGCAUCGGUUAUUGCAAACAACGCUUUUCAUGUUGGAACCUCAACAAAAAUCAGGGUGCUUGUUGAAUUUAUGGAUGAUACGGAUGCUGAUUCACUCAAAACCGCAGCCGAACAUCUUCUUGAUGUUUUAGAAGAUCCUGCAGCAAUAAUCUUGGGGUCGAGUCCCGGUGAAGAUAAAGUGAGUUUAGUGGCUGCGUUUAGUCCUACGGUAGUUACUAUGGGGAUGCAAGCGGGGAAGUUUAUCGGACCGAUAGCUAAAAUGUGUGGCGGUGGCGGUGGCGGCCGCCCGAAUUUUGCUCAGGCGGGUGGCCGGAAGCCGGAGAGUUUGUCGAGUGCACUUGAAAAAGCACGGACUGAUAUUGUUAAGGUUUUAUCUGAAAAGGUAAAUAAUUGUCGACAUGAUAAGGCCAAGGGGUAUGGCGUGGUUUUUGAUGCGUAA